UCCUCCCGCUUCAACAUGCCCAAGAGGGCCCAGGAAGUGGCCAGGCCGGUGGGAAUCUGCUCCAUGAUGAAGCUCCCGGUGCAGGACUCCCCCCAGGGACUGGACGCGGCAUUCCUCGGCAUCCCGCUGGACAUCGGCACCAGCAACCGUCCGGGAGCCAGGUUCGGUCCUCGUCACAUUAGAGGAGAGUCUGUGAUGGUGAGAGCUUACAAUGGGGGCACAGGAGCCUCUCCCUUUGAAUCUUUGAUGGUGGCCGACAUCGGUGAUGUUAACGUGAACGUCUUUGACCUAAAGGACAGCUGUGACCGGAUCCGAGCGUAUUUCAAGAAGGUCGUCUCAACAGGCUGCGUCCCACUCACCAUGGGUGGUGAUCACACCAUAACCUACCCCAUCCUGCAGGCAAUGGCAGAGAAGUACGGGCCGAUGGGGCUGGUACACGUGGACGCUCACGCUGACACGGCAGACACGAUGCUGGGAUCGAAGAUCGGCCACGGGACCCCGUUCAGGCGCGCUGUGGAGGAAGGGCUGCUGGACUGCAAGCGGGUGGCGCAGAUCGGACUCCGCGGCUCCACGUACGAUCCCGAGGGUUACGCCUGGAGCAGAGAGCAGGGUUUUCGAGUUGUGACUGCUCAGGAGUGUUGGCUCCGCUCCCUGGUUCCUCUCAUGGAGGAGGUGAAGCAGCAGAUGGGAGACGGUCCCAUGUACAUCAGCUUCGAUAUCGACGGCAUUGACCCGGCCUUCGCUCCCGGGACAGGAACCCCAGAGAUCGCCGGCCUGUAUCCCAGCCAGGCUUUGGAAAUCAUCCGUGGCUGUCGGGGGAUGAAGGUUGUCGGCUGUGACCUGGUGGAGGUGGCGCCACAGUACGACACCACAGGUAACACUGCUCUGACAGCCGCCAACCUCCUGUUCGAGAUGCUGUGCGUGUUGCCCAACGUUAAGUACGCGUGAACACUCCAGGGGCCCACACUGUCAGAGCGUGAAUCCCACGUUUACUGAAAGGUAGAGCAACCUGAUCGCUCUGAACCAAAUCCCGUCAGCUCUGGCCUCGACCA